AUGAACGGCCUCUCCCGUCUUGCAGACCCUCCUGUCAUUUGUAAUCCGCAAACGUCCAUCUAUAACGCCGCAUUGUUGAUGAAGGAACAACGAACUCAUUGUUUGUUAAUCUUGCACGAAAAUACACACCAGCUUGUGGGCUUAACAACAACCAAGGAUUUGGCAUUCAAGGCUGUUGCCAAAUGCGUGUCCUUGGAUACUCCAAUUGGAGAAAUGAUGACUUUGAGUCCUUGGUUUGUCCCUUUUACAACCACUCCAAAUGAAGCUUUGAAGUUGAUGGUCGAGAGAAGAAUCAGACAUCUGCCCAUUGUCGAUGGGGAUAAAUUGGUGUUGGGUGUCUUGAAUAUUACAACAUGUUUCUAUAAUGUCAUGAUACGAUUGGAAAAAAUGUCUGAAAAAUCAAGAGAAUUGCAGUGUACUUUUAAUGAAUUGAAUAACACCGAAAUUGCCAAUCUCAUAAAUGGGGGAUUCCAUUUGGAUGGAGCAAAUUCAAAUAUGGACUUGGUCUCAAUGAAUGAAGAAUUGGUUGAUUUAAAUAUAUCCAGAAGAACGCAGAAAAUUGUCAAUGAUUUGAAAUCAUUAAUUGAAAUAAUGAAACAACCAGAUUUGAAAUCAUUACUUGAUGGUAACGAACUCAAUGUAAGGACUCCAUUUUAUAUAGAUUCGAAGACUUUGAUUUCUGAUGCUGCGAAGCUUUUGAUGGAUAAUGAUAUUACAGCCGUUCUUGUAGUCCAUUCACUAUCAUCCAUAGAAAGUUCCGAAAACAUCAUUGGUAUUCUUACAACAAAAGACUUGGUCUUUAGAGUCUUGGCGCUUAAAAUUGACUCUAAAAGUUCCAAAGUUACUAGAAUUAUGACACCUAAACCGGAAUUUGCAAAUGAUUCCAUGGAGAUCCAUAACGCUUUAAGAUUAAUGUACGAGGGGAAAUACAUGAACUUGCCAAUCAAGAAUCACAAAAAUGAAAUUAAGGGAUUGGUGAAUGUUUUGGAUUUAACAUACUCUUUACUUCAUUUACUUAACGAUAACUCUCAUUUCUUAGAAGAAAGUUGCACAGGUCAAAUAACUACGAAUAAGUCAAAUACUUUGGCAUGGAACAAGUUUUGGGAUUCCUUGAAUAAACCAUUGACCGUCCCCAGUCCAAGACAUUCCUUUUCCAUUGAUCCCAAACUAAGUAGACGGUCACCAUCCUCAACUAGUGUAACGAGAGAUUCAAUAUCGAGCUUUGGCAAUGUGAACAUGGACCCUUCUGAAAGUUUGAAAUCUUUAACGAGAAAUACAGACAACUCUCUCAUUAGACCUAAUGUUGUUCCAAUGGUAAAGACAUUUAAAAUCAAAAUCAUUGAAAAUUUGGAACUAGGCCUGAAUGGGAACAUCUAUAAAUGUAAACUCUCAUGUGACCAAUCUUUUAAUUCAUUUCUGUCUCAAAUAUAUUGUAAAAUUCCAUCAACUGAUUUCUUACCAAACUUGACAUACCUGGACGAAAACGAUAAAAUCACAGUCGAUACAAUAGACGAGUUAACUACCUUACCUCCAAACACUUUACUUUAUCUAUCCCUAAAACCUAAACCAUCCAAAUGUUUCAAGUUCACCAUAACUCUGCCCACCCAUUAUUAUGAUAAGUUCAUCUCGUACAGCAAGGACGUACUUGUAAUUGGAGGUAUUGGUGUAUUUAUCACUCUUUUGUUCAAAUCAAUGUACUUGCACAAACAUUAA